AUGGUGCAGCUCGGGGGCGGCCGCGGAGCCCCACCGCCUCUCCUGGCCCCACCGUCGGCCUUCAGCAUCGACAGCAUCUUGCAGCCCGGUCCCCGCUGCCAGGCCCGGGAGCAGGGUAGAGUCCGCUGCGCGCUGCCGGAGGACGAAGAGGAGGAGGAGGAGGAAGAAGAAGAGGGGCCUGGGGAGGAACACCCCAGUAGAGGCUCCAGCGACUCGGGCAGCGAGCAGCUACGGGCGGAAGGGCCGCGCCGUGCGGAUGCCGAGGCCAAAGGCGCGGUUUCUCCACUCCCCACGGAGAGGUUCCGCGGAUGCCGGCAGCCGUCGCCGCGGGAUUCUGGGGGCUGCAGCAGGGAGAGCGGCAGGUGUUCAGCGGCCGGAGGCAAGAAGAAGACGAGGACCAUCUUCUCCAAGAGCCAGGUCUUCCAGCUGGAGUCCACCUUCGACGUGAAGCGCUACCUGAGUAGCGCCGAGCGGGCCGGCCUGGCCGCCGCGCUGCACCUCACCGAGACGCAGGUGAAGAUCUGGUUCCAGAAUCGCCGCAACAAGCUCAAGAGACAGCUGUCGGCCGAGCCCGAGGGCUCGGGCCAAGCGGAGCACCCCGGAGAGCCCCCGCCGCCUCCCGCCUCCUCUUUCUCCUUCCCGGCCCUAUACAAGGACAGCGCCCUGCUCAGCCGCUGCCUGCUGCCGCUCCCCUUCCCUCUGCUCUACCCGGGCAGCACCAUCCCCUACCUCUGCCUUCCAGGCCCGGUCAAACACUUCAGCCUGCUGGACGGGGACGUAUAGCCUCUCCCUCUGGCCCCCGCCCUGCCUCUUGCCGGGGGCCGGUGUUCCCUGUCCGCUUUCGCCUCGGCCCGCGGCAGCCGCUCCCCGGCCCCGGGUCCGUGUGCCGCGGUGUUAAAACUCCAGCAGGCGCUGCCUCCUGCUCGGGACGGAGGAGAUAAAGGAGCUGCCAAAGAAACAGGGAUGCGCUGUGUCUCCCUCCCUCCGAAACCCCUCCGUGUCCGUGGUUUAGGAAAGACGAUAUUCUGCCUCAGUCUACGGGAACGGUGUCAUCGCGGCUGACUCCGCACCGUGCCGCCGCCCGAGAGCGUUGGGUACUGCCCCGUCCGCACCGUACGCUCCCCUAUCUCACA